CAGCAGCUCAGGAGCCAGCGUUACUGCCGCUCUGUCCCGGGUCCCCUCCCUCGGGGCUGAUCAUUAACUCAAAGGCAGUAUAAGGAGUGAGUGGCCCCGGUGAGCCGGUGAGCCGAGGGACUCGUCGCCACCGCCAUGGACAGUAGCACCUGGAGCCCCGCGGUUACCGCCACCGGCGCACCCAUCCAGUCCUAUGAACGCAUUCGCAAUCCUGCUGACAUCUCAGUCAUUGUCAUCUACUUCUUGGUGGUGAUGGCUGUCGGGCUAUGGGCCAUGUUUUCCACUAAUCGUGGGACUGUUGGAGGCUUCUUCCUGGCAGGUCGAAGUAUGGUGUGGUGGCCGAUUGGAGCCUCUCUCUUUGCUAGUAACAUUGGAAGUGGUCACUUUGUGGGGCUGGCGGGGACAGGAGCAGCCGCAGGCAUUGCCAUGGGUGGCUUUGAAUGGAACGCCUUGGUUUUGGUGGUCAUCCUGGGCUGGGUGUUUGUCCCUAUUUACAUCAAGGCUGGGGUGGUGACAAUGCCAGAGUAUCUGCGGAAGCGGUUCGGAGGCAAGCGGAUCCAGAUCUAUCUCUCCGUUCUGUCCUUGUUGCUCUACAUUUUCACCAAGAUCUCUGCAGACAUCUUCUCGGGGGCUAUUUUCAUCAAUCUAGCCCUGGGCCUGGAUAUAUACUUGGCCAUCUUUAUUCUGCUAGCCAUCACGGCCCUUUAUACAAUCACAGGGGGCCUGGCAGCAGUGAUUUACACGGACACCUUGCAGACGGCAAUCAUGCUGGUGGGGUCUGUUAUCCUGACAGGGUUUGCUUUCCACGAAGUAGGAGGGUAUGAGGCCUUCAUGGAGAAGUACAUGAAUGCUAUUCCCACGAUGGUUUCUGAUGGAAACACAACAAUCAGGAAAGAAUGUUACACUCCCAGGGAGGACUCAUUCCACAUAUUCCGAGAUCCUCUUAAGGGAGACAUGCCGUGGCCUGGGCUCAUCUUUGGCCUGACCAUCCUCGCCCUGUGGUACUGGUGCACGGAUCAGGUCAUUGUGCAGCGCUGCCUUUCAGCCAAGAACAUGUCUCAUGUGAAGGCCGGCUGCACGCUGUGUGGCUACCUGAAGCUGCUGCCCAUGUUCCUCAUGGUGAUGCCAGGCAUGAUCAGCCGGAUUUUAUACACAGAAAAAAUCGCCUGUGUGGUCCCCUCAGAAUGUCAGAAGUACUGCGGCACCCCAGUGGGCUGUACCAACAUCGCCUACCCAACCUUGGUUGUGGAGCUCAUGCCGAAUGGACUGCGAGGCCUUAUGUUGUCCGUAAUGAUGGCAUCACUCAUGAGCUCCCUGACCUCCAUCUUCAACAGCGCCAGCACCCUCUUCACCAUGGACAUCUACACCAAGAUCCGAAAGAGAGCGUCGGAGAAGGAGCUCAUGAUUGCCGGAAGGUUGUUCAUCCUCGUGCUGAUCGGCAUCAGCAUUGCCUGGGUGCCCAUCGUGCAGUCGGCGCAGAGUGGGCAACUCUUUGAUUAUAUCCAGUCUAUCACCAGCUACCUGGGGCCGCCCAUUGCGGCUGUCUUCCUGCUUGCUAUUUUCUGCAAGAGAGUCAAUGAACAGGGAGCCUUCUGGGGACUGAUCCUAGGCUUUUUGAUCGGAAUCUCCCGUAUGAUCACUGAGUUUGCCUAUGGAACCGGGAGCUGCAUGGAGCCCAGCAACUGUCCCACGAUCAUCUGUGGGGUCCACUAUCUGUACUUUGCCAUCAUCCUCUUUGUCAUCUCUGUCAUCACCAUCUUGGUCAUCUCCUUCCUCACCAAGCCCAUUCCAGAUGUGCAUCUGUACCGUCUGUGCUGGAGUCUACGCAACAGCAAAGAAGAGCGUAUCGACCUCGACGCGGGAGAGGAGGAGGACACCCGGGAGGACCCUAAGGAUACGAUGGAGAUCGACACAGAAGUCCCCCAAAAGGAGAAAGGGUGCUUCAGGAGGGCAUAUGACCUGUUCUGUGGGCUGGACCAGGAUAAAGGACCAAAGAUGACUAAGGAAGAGGAGGAAGCCAUGAAGAUGAAGAUGACAGACACUUCUGAGAAGCCUCUGUGGAGGACGGUGGUGAACAUCAAUGGUAUCAUCCUGCUGGCCGUGGCUGUCUUUUGCCAUGCCUAUUUCGCCUGAAUCCCGCCUUCCGUUGUAGACUUGGCAGGUCUGGAACUAUGUCCCUUUAGACCCAUUCUGCGGUAGUAAGGGGAAACUGGCCAGUUGUAAACAUUACCCAUUGGGAUGAAAGUGUAUGUGUGUGAUUAUAGGCUUGCUGGGGU